AUGACAAGCGAAGACCAACUCAUCUCCCUGCGUCGGAGACGAGGCUAUUGUAGCGGCCGAUUCACAUACGUAUCGAACCGACUGGACGAGUACGAGCAAUCCGAGCGUCAGCAAAACUCCUUGUUAACGAACUACGAGAAACAACUGACCGAAGCUGCGAGUCAAUUCGAAGCGAUCCAACUCGAGUUAGAAGUAUUAGACGAGGAGGAACAAGCGCGCGGCUUCGAAAUAAGGAAUCAGUACGUCGCGGUAGACAUAAAGCUACAAAAUCUUCUGAGGAACGCGCAAGCAGCAUCGCCGUCGACAUCCAUAAACCUUCCAACCUGUGCAUCAUCCGCAAGUUUAAAUCCGAUAGCCAUUAAAUUACCAGAUCUUCGGCUCCCUACUUUUGACGGAAGCUUAGAGAAAUGGAACACGUUUUAUGAUACCUUUUCUUCCACAAUCGAUAAAAAUCCUAGUCUCACGGAUGUACAGAAAUUCCAUUACCUGCAGUCCGCCCUGCAAGGAGAAGCAGCCGAUUGUUUAAACGCGUUACCCCUUAGUAAUGUAAACUACAGUCAGGCUAUAGCCGUUCUCAAGGAGAGUUUCGAAUGUCCACGAUACACAGCUUUCAGUCAUUGCAUGGCAAUAAUUGAUUAUCCAAGGAUAACCAAAGAAUCUCCAACGGAAUUAAGGCGCUUAGUCCACACAUUUAAACAACACAUAUAUGCAUUGAACAAAUUAGGAGAAUCCUACCCCGAUACCAGUGCUAUGCUCAACAGCCUCAUCCUCUCGAAAAUACCACUAAGUAUCCAAAAACAAUGGGAAAUGACGCUGCCCAAUAACGAGGUGCCUCCGUACAUUCAUUUACUAAACUUCCUAGAGAGAUUAGCACGAAGCUCCAGACCGACCACCACGGUCAAACAAACAAGAGAAUCACCGGAACAAACUACUCCGGUCCGUCAACGCGCACCAUGA